AUGUCGAACCCUACGGACAAGCAGCCGCCGUCGCGCCAGAACAAGGAGGUUGUGACGGUCAAGGAUGUGACGACGAGCAAAUAUGACGCCAUGACAGCAUCGUUGGAGAGCCUGACGGAGGUUACUGUGAGGGCAGCUGAGGCCUCGAAGGGCUCGAUCGGGGCAAUCGAAGCUAUGGGCGACCAGAACAAGGCUUCCAUCGAAGAGAUGGGCAAGAGCGUGACUGAAAACAUUUGCGGAGCCUUAGCAGCGACGAUGCAGGAGGUGCUAACCCAGGUUUUGAGGAACCGGGAGCCGCCGGCGAGCACUGUCAUGGGGCGACACUGGCAGCACCAGCCGCAGCGCGGGCGGCGGCCCAGAAGGGAGGCAACGACCGCGAGCAAGGAGGAGCUGCCUCGCGGCGGCGCGGGAGCUGGGCGCACGGCGGCGGUGGAGCGCCGGGAGGAGGAGGAGGCGGAGAAAAAGCCGUCGGGCGGCGGUGGCGAGGCUGGGGCGGCACGAGUCUUGACCGCGACGGGUGGUGCGCCGGGGAGCUCAUCCAUGCUGCGUAGCCGCGUCGGGUAG